AUGGGUCUUCCGAAACUUUCCAAGACCGACUUGCUUCGGCGCGAUGUGUUUGGCCGCACGGCGCUCCACAUUGCCGUUCUCUGCGACAACCCGGGCGCUCUUCGAACGUUGCUUGCCCAUCCAGACAUCCACCACGUGCUUCUUGCCACAGACUACGAAAACGGCUGGAACCUCUUGCACCACAUCUUCUACCACAAGCGUAUCCGCUGCUGGACCGUGCUUCUAGACUACUUGCUGCACAGCGCCAGCCAGGCGGCGCUUCUAGCUGAGCUUUUGAAGCGCAAAGACCGCUCGCGCUUGCCGCCUCUCGCGCUUCUUGCCAACGACGCCAAGGAUCUCAUGUGGGUGCCCGCCUACAUCAACGAAGGCGGCGACGUCCACUUGGUGCGGCGCUUUGCCAAGGUGCCCCGCUGGAUCCCCCACGACUGGUGGAGCCCUCGCCGCGGCGGCCUGGACGUGUACAUGUACGGGGCAAACGGGAACCACCACUUGGGCAUGGGCGACGCCCACGACCGGUCUGUGCCGUCACGCGUGCUGCCGCUCGACCUCCAUGCGGCGAAAACCGGCGACGCCCAGGACUUCGACAUCCGUGACCUCUUGCGCCCGACUCGUGUGUGUGCCGUUGCCAUUGCAAAAUACCACUCGGUGCUAAUCACACGCGACGGCCGCCUCUUGACGUGCGGGCUCGGCGCACGCGGCCGCUUGGGCCACGGAAACACCGCCAACUUGUACCGUUUCCAGAAUGUGGCGCUUUUCGGCGACCACAGGGCGGUCGCUGCGGCAGUGUCCAACUCCCACACGUUGGUGUUGACCGCAGACAACCAGCUCUAUGCAUGGGGCAUCAACUCGCUCAACCAGCUCGGCUUCACUUCGGAGGACACGUUUUCUUUCAAGAGCGGCCCGCGGGACGUCUACGAAAACCUGCCCAAACUCGUGGGUUCGGGCGACUUGCGGCGGGCCGGGGGCCUGUUCCGUGGCGUGGCGGUGUCGAAAAUCCACUCGCUUGCGUACACAAGCCACCUGCUCUACUUUUGGGGCUUGAACGUCGGCCAAAUGGGGCCCAUGACUUUGGUUUCAGACAAACCCGACGAGUUUCGUCUCCAUGAGACCACCUUCAAAGGUCUGGUGGUGCCGCAGCCACGUGAGGUUGGUGUUCGUGACGAAAUCAAGUCCGUCGCCACUUGUGAAACAUGCACUUGUGUGGUGACCGUUUCCAAUGACAUAUACGUGUACUACGGUGGCCAACGGGCCAAGCUUCCGAAAGUGCCUGCGCGAGGGUUUUCUGACGCCAGCUUCGAUUGCUUCAAACCAUCACGGCUCACCAAAGCGCCGGAAAUCAAGAAAAUCGUCGCUUGUUCCCAUACCAAUGUCCAUGUACUCCUUACGUGUGGCGACAUCUUAGCCUUUUCCAUCCCAACUGGAGGCGAUCUCUUGAAAUCGGUCAAGAACCUCAAAUACAACUACCUCUGGAAAGCUUAUGACUCGGACAUGCGUGCCGUCGAUAUGGAUGGCGCGUAUGACGGGUCUUUGGUACUAUGUACCAAGAACGGGUCUGUUUUCGUGCGAUCUGCGCAAGGCGUAACUUCUCAGCGCCGCAACUCAGUGUCGACUUCUGCAGCGCAGGUUUCCGGAUCCAAGUUCCGCAAAAUCGACAAUGUCAAUCGUGUUGUGAGGGUCUCGUGUGAUGACUCUUUCUCGUCUUUUGCAUUCGUGCGGGACGACAUAGAUACUCUCCCUUUAAAAUUACAAAAGAAUGAUUUUUUCAAGGAUAUGGAAUACCUCAGUGUUUUGUGUGAGGCUGAUAGUUUCCGGAAGCAGGACCAGCUUCUAGAUACGGAUCAUGAAAACAACUGUUAUGUGACUGACUAUAUUUUUCCUUCUCGAGAUCCGGAUUUGUACGAAGACGAAGCUCUUCUGCUAGUGAAUCGUGUUGAAAAACUUACUUUGAACGACGAGAAUCUGUCUGAUGAAGCCGUGGACGAUGUAUUUCUCAAGGCUCAUUUCGGAAAGUUCGAUCACACAAAGCAUCCACAAACACAAGCAGACGACAUGUACCAGAAGUUGGACGAUGCGCCACAAUUAAUGGCCCUACUCAAAAACGAAACUGCUUUACGUGAACACUUGGCUCAAGAGAUCUCUGAGGCGGAAAUUAAAGUUUACGAUGGUCGUAUCAAAUUUAUGCAUGAUCCUACCGUUGUUAUUGGUUUCCACACCAAUAUCUUUGAGCAGCGUUCCACCUUUUGCAAGGACCUCUUCCAUCCGCAGAAUGAUGGCGAGUAUUUUGUUCAUGACAAAAUUGAAGGGCAUUACGAUGCAGUGAAUAAAGAGAUAAUAUUCAAAAGCGAUGUCGAUGUUCGGGCCCUUGUUGUGUUGGUUCAUUUCAUUUACACCAAUAAAGUCUUGAACUUUUGGGAUGAAUAUCCUGGAGGCUCCAAGUGUCCAGAGCCUAUCCGAAGGGCCAAAAAUGAUUUCGUGAUGCUUAGAGAUCUUUUUCGGAUGGAUAGUAUUUACGGUAAAGAUCAAGAUUAUCUUUUGCAAAUGGCCCAUGAAAUGGAAGACUCGGAAUCUGGUGAUGUGGUGAUUGAACUAAGUGAUAAGCAAGAAUCUUGCCAAGGAUCUAUUCUCGUGGCGCGAUCUGCAUUUUUUGAAACUAUCUUGUCUGGGCGCUGGGAUAAUUCGACAAAUGAAGAUGAUUCUGAGGCGAAAAUCGUGAACUUUGACAAUACUACUGCUCUUCAGUUCAAAGUCAUAAAGAAUUACUUGCAUGGCUGCAACGAUUUGCAUGUCUUUGAUGAUGCCCGAAUUCUAGUGGAGGAAACUCUUGAUCCGGAUGAUUUCGUGAAUUUCUUGCUACAGCUAAUUGAGGUGGCAGAUGAAAUGCUUUUGCUCAAGCUUAAGCACUUGUGUGAAUUGGCUAUACAAGAGUUCCUUAGUACAGAUAACGUGUUGGUAUUGCUUGCUCAUUCCGAUUACUUAGGAGCCCGAUAUUUGUUUAUGCUGUGUUGUUGGUACAUCUACAAUAACCUCGAAAUUGUUUUGUUUGAUAACAUCUUGCAUAAUCUUCCAGAAGACCUUCUUGCGAGAUUGGAAAAGCAAAUGCGGUUUUUCCAAACAUGUAAACAUUUGGACUUUGUUAUCGGUGACCACGGGGAGAUCAAUAAAAGCAUGUUGAAAAGCACUUUGCCCGAGACUUUGAUUGAUGAAUUUUUGACUAAUUCACCAGUCUUUAAUGGGAUCUUCAUGAGUGAUAAGAAGGGAUUUUCUAGCUUUGAGCCGUUAUUGGACAUUAAGCCUGAAAAUGAAGAUCACAGACGCAAGCUGUCAUCACGCAGAAUGUCACGCAAGAGCAGCGUUGAGGCAGUUGCAGAUUUGCGUAAACUUUCAAAUUCCACCAGGAAAGUGAGCGAAUGUGCUGUUGAAGAUUUUGAGGUGGUAGGUAGACGCCGCAAACUGAAACAGAAAGAUGCCCAGGAUAAAGAAGAUCUCAGAGAGGUCCAAGCUGCCUCUGUGAAUGGAGUGAAGAAAGAAGAACGUGAGAAAGCCCCUCUAGAUAGGGAGGGCGUUUCAAUGCAUCAUAAUGGAUCGCUGAGUUCAAUCAUUGGCAACAUACUCCAAGGAACUGAUAAUGGUGACAGUUCCAGCAGCACACCAUGGACUUCUCGGAGAUCCUCAUCGAGCUCUCUAGCGCCUAUUUCUGCUCCGCUCUUGGGGGCCGGUGAUGUUGAGCGCAAAAGCACAAAGAUCAAGUUUGCCCCGUCUAUGAAGCUUUCUCAGAAGCAAAGGCGCAAGCUAGCGCAAGGACAAGCGGACGAAAAAGACCAGCCCAGUGGGGAAAAACAGAACCAACAAAGCAUGCAGCUUCGGAAUCCCUGGAAUGUGGCAAGCAGCCAGUCGAGUGAAAGCAAGAAUGCUGGUAAAGACAAGUUGAAGAAUCUACCAGUACUAGGUGCCAGUAAGCAACCAGCACCUACAUCACUUGCAGCAGUCAUGCUUCAUGAGUCGACGCGGCUUGAGGAACAGCAGUAUCAGGAGAGCCAGAGGCGUACGUUGCAGGAGAUCCAGCAAGAGCAGGAGUUUGCAAAAUGGUGGGAGGAAGAGUCUAGACGUGUGCAGAUGAUGGAGUCACGGCCACCGAAGCCCAGAAGAAAACGAAAGGGAGGAAAGCCUUCUGCCACCUAA